CAACAGCAAGUGCAGUGCACUCUUCAUCUUUCUUUUACUUUUGUUAGUCAUUCGUUAGAGCAGUGCUCCGUCAUUCACUUGUAUCACUCUUUAUAACAAUAAAAAAAAUCACCAUGAAGGCUUUUAUCGCUCUAUCUCUUCUCGGCACUACCCUCGCCGCACCCACCGCCACCCUUCAGGGCCGCGAUUUUGAUCUCUCCUCGCUGACCUCCGGACUGUCAGCCCUGACUUCAGGCUCCGCCGCUAGCUCGGGCUCAUCCGAGUCCUCGGGCUCCAGCGGACUCAGUGCGCUGGCGUCACUCUUCCCGUCCAGUGGUAGCAGCAGCGGGAGCAGCACCGGUAGUAGUGACACCACCAGCAGCAGCAGCAGUGGCAGCGAUGGACUGAGCAGUCUCCUCAGCUCUUUCACCAGUGGAAGUGGCUCCAUGACCGAAAACGGCGUGACCCAACACUCGGGCUCCUGCAAGAAGCUCACCUUUAUUUUCGCCCGCGGAACCACCGAAAUGGGUAACAUGGGCAGUGUGGUUGGACCCGAAGUGGCCAGCCAGUUGGCCUCCUUGACUGGAAACCAGGUUACCGUGCAGGGUGUGAACUACCCGGCUGAUUGGGAGGGCAACAUGUCCCUCGGCUCCUCCGGCGGCCCCACCAUGGCCUCCUACGUCAAAGAAGCCCUCCAACAAUGCCCCAACACCAAGGUCGUGCUCGGCGGCUACUCCCAAGGCUCCAUGGUCGUUCACAAUGCCGCCAACUCUCUCAGCGCGGGCCAACUCUCCGGCGCCGUGCUGUUCGGUGAUCCGUUGAAGAUGACCAGCGUGGGCAAGCUGUCCUCGUCUAAGGUCAAGGAGUUCUGUGCCUCUGGUGACCCGGUCUGCGAGAACGGCAUGAACGUUAUGGCGCAUUUGUCGUAUGGUGCGGAUGCGAAGGAGGCCGCGCAGUUUUUGGUUCAGGCUGCGGGGAUUUCUUCUUAGUUUGGAUCUGUGUGUCCUUCAGGAGAGGAGUGGGAUUAGCAUACUCCGUACACUCCUUGGUCUUCUAGAUGUCUGUAUGGAUUUGGAUCCUAUGUGAUGGGGCUUAUGUUAUGUCUCGGGUAUAGGGUUACCCAUGAAUAUGAAAUUUUAGCUGGAC